AUGGCAGAAGACAAUACAGAUGCCGUGCUGCGGCUGCAGUCACAUCAGUCGCUUCCACCACCGCCGCCGCCGGCUCUUAGGGACGCCCGAGACGACGCGCCGCAGGAACGUGACCAGACAUCGACGCCGCAUAGCGACCAACACCCCGUACAGCCCCCAGCAGUCCCGGUCAACGCGUCGGAACAACCACAUAUCAAUCAGCAAGAGAGCAGUCAGCGCCCGGCUGUGCCAACACAAGACGCGUCGGCUGUGUCUGAUCCGGCGCAAAGCCACGUCUCGCAGCAUUCGACGCCGACCCUGCCGCCUAUGAACUACCAGCAUCAUCCUACGGCGCAUACCCCGGCACCCGUCUCUGCCACAGCGCCAGUCCAUGCCCAGAACGGUCACCACCCGCAACAUCACCAACCUCCACCACCACAACAUCUUCCUCAUCCCGCGCCGGCGCACAUCACCAAUGGAACACCUUCCCAAUACCCACCACAUGGUCAUGCUCCCCCACCGCCAAAUUACACAUACCCUUCAGAAGCAGGCAUGCAACAAGCUUCACCGAACAUGCAGUCCAACGGAGGGCCCGUUAAUGGCUACGCACCUCACAUGGGCUACCAGGUACCAGUUGGAACACCGCACCUAAAUGCAAAUCAGCUUCCAGGAACACGACACAAGAAGGAGAUCAAGCGUCGUACAAAAACUGGCUGUUUGACAUGCCGCAAACGAAGGAUAAAAUGUGACGAAGGUCAUCCUGCCUGUCGCAACUGCCAGAAGAGCAAGCGAGAGUGUCUAGGCUACGAUCCCAUCUUCAAGUCUCAAGCCUCGCCGCCGACCAUUCAACCCGCUCCAGGCAUCUUCCCUCCACAACAACCUCAGCAGCAGCAGCAGCAGCCGCAACAGCAGCAAGCCAAGCAUGAGCCACAGAUGCCUCCGGAACGUUAUGCGAAUGUUCCUCAGGGAUACAUGCCUGCAGCGAGUGCCGGAUACUCACCUGCUACAGCCAUGCAACCGCCAGUUGAUUUUGGUGCCCAAAUCGAUCCUGCCUUGGGCCCUGCGAACUCGGCAGUGGCUCCUCCUCCUGUACAACAACAACCACCUCCUCCACCGCCGCCGCCGCCACACGAAGAAUACACAACUAGUCUACACCCACAACGAACUGGUAUCUUGAAGUCUUGCAUCUCUGAGUCUUCACUAUGCAGCCUUGACAACAUCCCGCCAACACUGCCCCCACACAAUCCUAAUCCUCUUGCGUCGCAUGAGAUGGAACAGAUCCGUCUCAUGUAUCUUGCAGAAUACGCUUCUGGACUGGAUCGUUUCUUCGAAACCACCUGGUACACGGAUCAUGGCUUCAAUCUUGUCGCCGGAAACCACGACCUGUUACGUUAUUUCAUGUACUGCAUCGAGCGCUUCUCACAUGCUCAGAAUGGCGGUGGCUCACACGGUCUCACAUCUUUGGAAGCUCGCCUCGUCUGGCAACUGGGCUGUCUGCCUCGUGCUAUUCCCUCAAACGCGACUUCUCCAUACCUGAAUAAUCUUCUUCAACGUCUAGCCAUAGUAGAAAACCUACUUUGCGGCACUUUCUUGGAUCCUAACAUGGUUCCCAUACAACCCCCAGCCAACCCCCCGGAUCCAAAACUUGUCGAACAAUACACUCAAUAUCUGCAAGAUGCCUUCUGGCACCAGCUAGGUCGCUUUGUCAGCAUUCACGACGACAUCAUCUCACCUGAUGCGGCACAACAGAUCGCUACAGCUCUUGCAGCUAUGCGCAAUAUACUUUCCAUGCUCGAGAACCGUGACGUCCUUUACUCGAUGGCUAUUGCUCGUCAUUUUGGUGGUCGUAUGGUUGACUAUAUCGAGAGCAAGAUCCUGGUUUCGAAGAGUGCGGAGCCAGAUGAUCCUAUUGCAAAACUUGCCGUUGCAAUGAAUUUCAUUCGUGACGAAGACUCUCAAGGCACUACACAAGUUGUACAGAGGUUGUGUGGUAUGUGCAGAAGGAGUUGGCAGCUGCAACGGCAGAAUACACAGCCUGCAUAG